AUGCAUAUAGAAACAUGGAGCAUGUACUUUCCAGAGGAGGAGUUUACUGCAUUCAACGAGCUUGUGCAGGCAAUACUUGAAAUAAAGAAGCGGCUAAAAAAUGAAUUGGAUGGAGAUAGUCUGGAUAGCAUUCUGGAGUCCAGAACCUACCAUAUAUCGAAGGAGCACCUCGAAAACCUUGUUGAGAAGAAGUUGCUGGACACAAAUGCAGGAAACUUGCUCCUGUGUGUGUCAUGCGCCAUUUCCGAGCAUCUGUAUGACAACGGGCACCUAUCGAUAAGGAUAAGCACUAGGGUUAAGACGCAGCACAACGAAGGAAACUUUGGGGACGUUGACAGAGCCAAUCUAGGGAAGCUUGUCUUUAUGACGGGAACUGUCUGUAGAGUAGGAUUCAGAAGGGUUGUCAGCACCAAAAUGUUCUUUGAAUGCACGAAAUGUGGAGAUGUGGCGUGUGUGGAUGUUAAGAACAAUGUGUACAGGCCUCCAGGGGUAUGCAAAGGAUCUUGCAGCUCAAGAAGCUUUGUCCUCAUACGAAAUCAUCAUGAAAUGGAGUGUAAGGACAUCCAAGAAAUAAAGAUACAGGAGCUCUAUGGGGGAACUGGAGAGGAUGGAAGCGGGAUUCCAAGAUCUGUAGACUGUAUUCUUUACGACGAGUUUGUAGGGACAUUGGCCCCUGGAGACAUUGUGCAGAUUGUCGGGGUACUCGGGGUUGAGCUGGAAAGCGACAAUCUCUACAGGCUGACGGUUCAUAUAAAUAAUCUGAAGAUCAUCAAGAACAAGAACUUCUUUGUAGAAAACCUUGAAUAUCAGAGCAAGGACUUUGAUGAGUUUAGAAGGAUAGCGAAAUCAGAAAACACACUGGCUUCGCUUGUCCAUUCACUUUAUUCCUCUGUGUACGGAAAUGAGCUAAUAAAGAUAGGACUAGUACUCUCCUUGUUUGGAGGAACAAGGAAAAGUGCUGGACAACAUGGGAUUAGAUCUGAGACACAUGUUCUGAUUGUUGGGGACCCGGGGCUUGGAAAGAGCAGGCUUCUUCUCAGCACAUGUGGGAUUCUUCCGAAGAGUAGUUAUGUGAGUGGGAACUUCACCACCACGGCAGGAUUGACUGUGUCCUUAACACACGAUCCUGUUUCUGGAGAAUAUAUGGCUGAUGCGGGGGCACUUGUGGUGGCAGACAAUGGGAUAUGCUGCUUGGAUGAGUUUGAUAAGAUAGAUGAUCAUGCAGCCUUGUUUGAAGCUAUGGAGGACCAAAGGGUAAGCAUAGCGAAGGGAGGGGUUAUUUGCAAUGUCCCAACAAGAUCCACUGUGAUAGCGGCAACCAACCCAAGGAGCGGGCACUUUGACAAGACCAAGACGAUGGAAGAGAACAUAAGGUUUGAUCCAGGGCUUCUGUCAAGAUUCGAUCUUGUUUUCCUUCUUUUAGACGAUCUGUCUGAGAAGGAAAGCUACAUGAUAUCUGGGCAGGUUCUGAAGAAAAGGCAGACAUCAUCUCCAGGGAUAAGGAAUGGAUUUAAUGAUGUCAUAGAGGCCAUUAGGAGGGACGAAUUUAUUGAGAAUAUAAGGUGUUCUGGGUGCACAUAUCCCGUGGAGAUAAUAAGAAAGUACAUUUCAUAUGCCCGAGCAAAUGUGUUUCCUGUUCUGAACAGGUCGGCAAAGGAGACCAUAAGAGAAUGGUACAUGUCUAUGAGAAAGAGGCGAGGGGUUUCGACAAGGGAUCUGGAGUCUUUGGUUAGGUUGACUGAAGCAAAGGCAAAGGUUGAUCUCCGAAGCAUAGCAACAAAGGCAGAUGCAGACUUCUGUAUUGAGCUGUACAAGAGGACGUUUAUUCCCGGAGAAAAGAUGCCCAGAAGCAAGAAGAGCCGAGACUUUUCUCAGGUGCUUAGAGAGUAUGCCAAUGGGAGGGGGGAAUACCUGAUCAGCAGAGAGGAGCUGUGUAAACUAGUAGCAUCCUUUGAUUCAAGCAAGCCUGUCAAUGAGUUUGUGGAUGCACUCAACCACAAUGGAUUGAUUAUCAAAAAGGGGGCGAACAUGUACAAGAUAAUCCGAUGA